AUGAAGCUGAUCGAGUUCAGGCUGGCCAUGCCCCUCACCAUGGAGGAGUACAAAAUCUGCCAGCAGUACCUGCUGGCCAAGGUGUCGCACGAGGAUACGGAAAACACCAUCCACGGCGUGGGACACAAUAAAAAAACGGACGGAAGGAGUCUAGUGCUUUUUAAAAAGGGAACAUAUGAUGAUGAAAAUGGAGAGCCAGGAGACUACACCUUCAAAAGAAUGAACCUUGUAAAUAAAAUCCCAAAGUGGCUACUCAAUUUUGUAGAUCCAAAAUAUUGCCUUAUAGAUGAAAAGUCCUGGAAUAGCUACCCGUAUUUGAAGACGGUGUACGAAGCUACUGGAUUUCCAAAGGCACAAGUGCAGGUAGAAUCGACUCACCAUAUAGGUUACAACACAGAAGAUAAUGCCUUUAACAUAUCGGAUGAGCAGCUAGCACAGAGGAAGGUCGUGCUCAUAGAUAUAGUGAAUGACAAAGUGGCCUAUAAAGAUUACCUCCCUGAGGAAGACCCUACCAUUUUCUACAGUGAAAGAGCACAGAGAGGAAAGCUAGACGAAAAUUGGAUUGAAAAUAGCAAAGUGAUUAUGACUUGUUAUAAACUCUUUAAUAUUGAUAUCCCCUACUUUGGAAUGUUUUGCUCUAAAUUAGAAAAUUGGAUCGUCACCGUGAUUAAGGACAGUCUGCUGAAGUACCACCGAAAGGCCCUCAGCUGGAUUGACGAAUGGAUUGACUUAACGGAUGAGCAGAUAAGAGCGUUCGAGGCGGAGAUACAGAACAAGUUGGAAGGCUUUUGGAAAGAAGUUGGGCUAGACGUAGAAACCGAUUCGUCUGUGGCUGUUCAGUUUAUGGCUGAUAGACAAGCGAACACCCCCUUCGCACAACAACCUGCUGACGAUUUUGAUGAUGGAGAGCAUCUGGAAAUGGAUCAGGCGUCCAUCGACGCUGUGAAGAGCGACCCUGCGAAUAGAGGUACCGCUUGUACGCCUCUUCCCCCGACGGAUGAGCAUUCGAAGUUUCCAGGCAGCAAAGUGGGUCGUGGCAUUGGCAGUGCUAGUGGUGCCCCGUCCGGUGAAAGUACCAGCGCAUCCGAGUUGGCCGAAAAAUCGGGGAAAAAGAGCAAAGAUAAGAAGAAGAAGAAGAAGAAGAAGAAAAAGAAAAAGGGAGCCGACGGGGAGGAGGGCAGCAGCGGUAAGAAGAGCUCCAAGUCGAAAGACGGCAAAAAGAGCAAAAAGAAGAAAGCAAAAGGGGGGGAAGCGGUGGAAGCGGUGGAAGCGGCGGAAGCGGCAGAAGUGGUCGAAGCGAAGGAAAGUGCCGACCCAAGUGAAAGCCAAGGUAGCCUAGACGGAGGAGCGUCUUCCAAACUCAGGGGAGCGGCUGCACCCAGUCAAGCGGAGGAGGAAGGCAGUUCGCAGAGUUUAGAAGCGGGAGAAGAGGCGGAGGCAACCGAUUCGAGUGCGUUAAAUGUGGAGGAGGGAGCCAAUGCGCAGAAGGAACAGACCAGCAGCAGCACCACCACCACAGCAGAAGGAGAAGCGGGUCAAAGCGAAAGCACCGAAAAACUGGCCGAGGGAGAACGACCCAAGAAGACGAAGAAGUCUAAGGGUAAAUCGUCAAAGGGGAAAAGCUCAAAGGAGGAGGGUAAGAAGAAAAAAUCCGACAAGUCUCUAUCCUCCAGUAGAAAGGAAGAAGGUUUGGCGGAGGUAGAAGAGGAGGUCGAGAAGAGCAGGACCCUCGUUACACCGAGUGAUACCAAAAUUAGGAGCCGAGUUUUGAGAGAGGUGCAUAACGUGGACGAUGAGGAUAUUCUCCUGACAGAGGAGGGAGAAGCAGCGGUGAUGAUGCCCCACAUGGCAGGAGGAAAGCACAGCGGUGAUAGCGUAUUGGGGAAGAAGCUAAACGGGGGUGCUACUCAAAUGGGAGCGGACCUCCCAUGGAAGUUACACCACGUCUUCGUGACUAGAAAUAAAAUGGGUUCCCUCGAGGGUCGAAUUAUGAGCCCCUUUUCAGCAGAAGAUUUGAAACGUUUCAAUGUGAACAGUGUUGGGAACUUCAAAGGGGGGGAAAACCUACUGAUGGUUAACCCCUUCACCGAAAGGAGGUGCACCAAUGGAGCGGCUAACAAUGGGGAGGGAGAAAAAGACAUGUUCUUUCCCCUCAAGAGUGAGUCCCUUUGGGAGGAAGGAAGGACUGAUCUUUUCACCCCAAUUGAUGUAGACCAUUUCUACGCUCGCCAAGGAGGAAACGCAGAGGGGUUGUUCUUCAACGUGGGUAGCAGUGCCAUGGAGGACAGCCAAAUGAUGGGAGACCAGUUUGCAGAAAAUAUGGAGAGUAUGCACAAUGGAAGGAGAGACAUGAGCCGAAAAGAUAGCGACAUAUCCCUUGCCAUCUUUUACACCCUCUCAAUGCUAUUUUUUGUGUAUUCCUCUAUGUCAAUUUAUAAACGAUUUAGAUCCCUUUUUUAUUUUCUCCUCUCUGCCGUCCUCUGCGCAUGCGCAUUCGUAUAUUAUGAGUAUUGGAAUCAGUCCUGCUUCGGCCAUGGAAAUGUGCACAAGUUUUACGUGAGCAACUUCCCAGCGAGCCUUACCUCGGUGACGUCCUUCCUAUCUGGCCAGAGGAGAGAACAACCCCGAGAGGAGAUCUUCAAGACCCUUUACAAGCUGAACAAGGCCACCCUGAAUUUCGCCUCCAACUCGCUGAAUGCUCAGUUUCAGGGCUCAAUUUUGAGCGACCUUAAUGAGAUCUUGUCCUCCCAGAAUGGGAAGUACGCCCAGUAUGUGGGCAGCUUAUUGGGCAAGAAAUGAGGGGAGCGACUGGGCGCGAGAACGAACGGAGAUAAUACACUUUAGUGGUGGAAGCGGUUGCGAAGCGGUUGUAAAGCGGUUUUAAAGCGGUGGUGGAAGCAUCGUAAUGUGAAGCCUUUUUUUUUUAAGCCAAAUCAUGGAGGCGCAUUUUUGGACCGUGGCCAUCCUGGUGAAGAGAUCCCAUCGGUGAGGAAAAACAUGGGUGGUGGGGGCCCAAUCGGAGGAAUGGACGACCCCUUCCUUAGUGGAGUGAAAACGCUGGGGUAAAGCCAUCAGAAGAGAGCCGAGUUAGGCCUUCCAAGAGAAGCGCUACUACGGCAAGAAUGCAAAAUAGGGAGAA